GGGGGGAAGAGGAAGGAGGACCCAGACGACAGCCCGGAGACACUCUCCCACCCCCACCGCCCCUCCUUGCUUCCUUCCCAUCGCCAAACUCCCUCAUCAGUUCCGUGCCGUCCCCGCGCGCGGGCGGCUGGUGCCACCGCCACCACCCCCCUCCCCAAAGUCCCAGUGCCAUUGUGGUGCCCGUUGUUUACCUCCGACUCGGGCUGAGGGAAGCGCUUGGUGACUUUUUUUUAGGGGGGGAGGGGGUCAGAGAGCGAGUGCUGGCCGAGGUGGUGACGUUGGCUGGGGUCCCUUUGGGUCCCCUCUCUCCCCUCCCCCUCCCUCGGUUGGGGGGUCCCCAGACGCUCCGAGGGACGUCCAUGGGCACAGGGAGAGGGUCUCCCCGGGACUGUUGUCGCCAAAUCCAAAGUGGUCUCUUAGUGCCUUCCCCGGAGGAGCUCUUGUCUGGCCCUUACCGUCGCUGUCCCUUGCUAGAUGCCCAAGGUGGGGGCUGCCAGGCUGUGGGCAAAAAGUUUAAGGUUUGUUAAGAAAAAGAAAAAUCAGGAGCAAUUGUUGGGGAGGGGGGAGGGGCGCCUGGGAGCCUGCGAGGUGGCCUGUCCCCUCUGCGCCCCUGGGGGUUGGUUGGACAGCCCCAGUGCAAGUGACACCCAGAAGUAGACUUUGCCUGCUCAAAGCCCAGAGGGAGGGAGGACAGGGGACCUGCUUUGUAUUUUGAUUUUUUGAAUCGCCCCUACCCCCGCUUUCGGGAGACCUGCUCCAUAGUGAUUUUUUUUUUUUUUCUUCUUUUUGAGAGAUUCCUCAGUCACCACCUUGCCUCCCCCAAACAGCACCCGCAGCUCACAAGGGGUUCCGCUUUAUUUUAAACAAUUCUCCACCCUCCCCAAACGAAUCACUUGUCAGAUCAAUAUACCUUUUCCCUCCUUCCUACUUCCCUCUUCCCCAUCCAAAACCCGUUCUGAGGUUAGACAUUUUACAAACCAUCUAUGCUGUUUUCCAUAUUGUGAUUUUUUUUUAACAACCCCGCUCCCAUGACCACUCUGCCAGACGUUCAUUUCUGCCCUUCCCCCGCUUAGGGGGGCGGGGGUAGGAGAAGAGAAAAUAAUACAAUUUCAGGGGAAGUCGCCUUCAGGUCUGCUGCUGCUGUUUUUUUUUUUUUUUUUUUUUUUAAUUAAAGAAAAAAAGGGACAUAGAAAACAUCAGUCUAGAACUUCACUUCAAGAACUCGGGCUGCAAAGGAAAUCUCCCUUUGUUUUUUAUAUUUAUAUGCUGUCAAGUUUUGAAGUGGUGAGUUUCAGUUCAGGCAGGUAAUCUAUAGACAGUGACUGAGCAUGGAUCAUUUGAACGAGGCAACUCAGGGGAAAGAGCAUUCAGAAAUGUCUAACAAUGUGAGCGAUCCGAAGGGUCCACCAGCCAAGAUUGCCCGCCUGGAGCAGAACGGGAGCCCUCUAGGAAGAGGACGGCUUGGAAGCACAGGUGCUAAAAUGCAGGGAGUGCCUUUAAAACACUCGGGCCAUCUGAUGAAAACCAACCUUAGGAAAGGAACCAUGUUACCAGUUUUCUGUGUGGUGGAACAUUAUGAAAACGCCAUUGAAUAUGACUGCAAGGAGGAACAUGCGGAAUUCGUGCUGGUGAGGAAGGACAUGCUCUUCAACCAGCUGAUAGAAAUGGCAUUGCUGUCUCUAGGUUAUUCACAUAGCUCUGCCGCCCAGGCCAAAGGGCUCAUCCAGGUUGGAAAAUGGAACCCAGUUCCACUGUCUUAUGUGACGGAUGCCCCCGAUGCCACGGUGGCAGACAUGCUUCAAGAUGUGUACCACGUGGUCACACUAAAAAUCCAGCUACACAGUUGCCCCAAACUAGAAGAUCUGCCUCCUGAACAAUGGUCGCACACCACUGUAAGGAAUGCUCUGAAGGAUUUGCUGAAAGAUAUGAAUCAGAGUUCGUUGGCCAAGGAGUGCCCCCUUUCCCAGAGUAUGAUCUCUUCCAUUGUGAACAGCACUUACUAUGCAAAUGUCUCAGCAGCAAAAUGUCAAGAAUUUGGAAGGUGGUACAAACAUUUCAAGAAGACAAAAGAUAUGAUGGUUGAAAUGGAUAGUCUCUCAGAACUGUCCCAGCAAAGUGCCAACCAUGUCAAUUACGGCCAGCAGCCUGUCCCAGGGAACACAGCCGAGCAGCCUCCAUCCCCCGCGCAGCUGUCCCACGGCAGCCAGCCCUCUGUCCGGACCCCUCUUCCGAAUCUGCACCCUGGCCUUGUGUCCACGCCUAUCAGUCCCCAGCUGGUCAACCAGCAGCUGGUGAUGGCCCAGCUCCUGAAUCAGCAAUACGCGGUGAACAGACUCUUGGCCCAGCAGUCCUUAAACCAACAGUACUUGAAUCACCCUCCCCCUGUCAGUAGGUCAUUGAAUAAGCCUUUGGAACAGCAAGUUUCCACGAACACAGAGGUGUCUUCCGAAAUCUACCAGUGGGUACGGGAUGAACUAAAACGAGCAGGAAUCUCCCAGGCAGUGUUUGCACGUGUGGCUUUUAACAGAACUCAGGGCUUGCUUUCAGAAAUCCUCCGGAAGGAAGAGGACCCCAAGACUGCCUCCCAGUCCUUGCUGGUGAACCUUCGGGCUAUGCAGAACUUCUUGCAGUUACCAGAGGCUGAAAGAGAUCGCAUAUACCAGGACGAAAGGGAGAGGAGCCUGAACGCAGCCUCGGCCAUGGGUCCUGCCCCUUUGCUGAGCACACCGCCCAGCCGCCCUCCCCAGGUGAAAACAGCCACCAUUGCCACGGAGAGGAAUGGGAAACCGGAGAACAGUACCAUGAACAUUAACGCCUCCAUUUACGAUGAGAUUCAGCAGGAAAUGAAGCGCGCUAAAGUGUCCCAGGCACUGUUUGCAAAGGUCGCAGCCACCAAGAGCCAGGGCUGGCUGUGUGAGCUGUUACGCUGGAAGGAAGAUCCUUCUCCAGAAAACAGAACCCUGUGGGAGAACCUGUCCAUGAUCCGAAGGUUCCUCAGCCUUCCUCAACCCGAGCGAGAUGCCAUUUAUGAGCAGGAGAGCAACGCGGUACAUCACCAUGGUGACAGACCACCCCACAUUAUCCACGUUCCAGCAGAACAGAUCCAGCAGCAGCAGCAGCAACAGCAGCAGCAGCAGCAGCAGCAGCAGCCACCACCGCCACCUCCGCAGCCACAGCCACAGCCCCCUGCUGGUCCCCGGCUGCCCCCGAGGCAGCCCACCGUGGCCUCCCCUGCAGAGUCAGAUGAGGAGAACCGUCAGAAGGCCAGGCCGCGAACCAAAAUUUCCGUGGAGGCCCUGGGGAUCCUGCAGAGCUUCAUCCAGGAUGUGGGUCUGUACCCGGACGAAGAGGCCAUCCAGACUCUGUCGGCACAACUUGACCUUCCCAAGUACACCAUCAUCAAGUUCUUUCAGAACCAGCGGUACUAUCUCAAGCAUCACGGCAAGCUGAAGGACAACUCCGGGCUGGAGGUGGACGUGUCUGACUAUAAAGACGAGGAGCUGCUCAAGGAUCUGGAAGAGAGCGUCCAGGAUACAAACGCCAACACCCUUUUCUCCGUGAAGCUGGAAGACGAGCUGUCAGUGGAAAGGAACACGGACAUCAACACUGACCCGAAAGACUGAGGAAAGAGGAUCCUUCUGUCCAUCACCCAACAGUACCACUGCUAUUUCCUAACACAACGAAAAGUCCACCCUGUGUUUGCUCAGAAAAAACAAAACAAAACAAAACAAACAAACAAAAAAACCUUUGUUGAUCAUUGUUCACGGUUGGGCCAGUGAAUUCUCCGAAGCCUGCACAAACAGGACAGACCAGAGGGACUAAAGACAGACUGCAGGAAAGGUUUCACUCCUUGUUUCACAAACUGUGUGGCAGCCCCAGUCGAAGCAUCGAGGACUGUUUGGUAGUAGAAUUUGUGUUCAAGGGAAGCACCGAGGUGUGCGUGUCCCGUAAGCAUGAUACCAGAGUUUUGUUUUUCUUUUUAAUGAUUAUUCUGGAACCUCAAAUGAGCAUUAUAACUUCUGCGAGUAUGAGUUUCUUUUAAUUAUUUCUGUAAUAUUCCACACUGAUCUUUGGAAACGCGCCCCUUAUUUUAAAAAGAAAAAGGAAAAAAAAGAGUUUGUUACUCUAUUGUAUGUUACAAAAGAACUAUAGACUGUGGAAUACAGUUUAAAGAUGACAUAUGCCAACAAAUGCCUUGUAUUAUAUGGCACUGCCGUAAGUCAAAUUUGUUUUUAUUUUGGAAAUAAAAAGUUCACUGUAAUUUUUUUUCAUUCUCAUUGUUACAUGAUUUUUUUUUUUGAAGAAAAAAAAGAAAAGAAAAUGUGAAACACAAUUUAGUCCUCAUUAUUUAUUUGUAGAUCUUGCAGCAUCAUGUUGUAAUUAAUUUUUGGGAAGUUUCCGUUAAAUGUAAUAUUGCUUCUCUUGUUACCAUACUGAUUCUUUUCUAUUUAUAAAUGUAUUUUGAUGGGCAGUAAAACAAAGUGUCUUAAAGUUUUAAAUAGAGAAAAAUGUGCUUUACACAGUUGCCUAUAAAAAGUGCUCUAUGUUAUCCAAGCAAUUCAUCCUGUAAGCGUCACUCUUACUGUUGUAUGCAAUUUUUACUAUCAUGCAAAUAAGCUUAGGUAAAUAAAACUAAUAGAUCACCUUAGAAAAUUAUGCAAUUAAUGUGAAAAUAAUUGAUGUUUGCAACGUGUCUUCCUUUGGUUUACAAUCAAUUUUAAAGCUACAUCUGUAUAAAAUUUCUGUAUAAAGGUGUAUUUCUUUUUUUUAUGAGUUUAUGGCUAUGAAAACACCAGCUAUUUUGUUACAGCUGGCUGUUUUUAUAAGUGUAUCACAAUUUUCUUUAUGCAGAAAUGUUCUGAUUAGGAGUGGUUAUUGACUGUAACUACACAAUUAAAAUUGUUUGUAUGGUAUGACA